AUCAAGGAAUAUGAGUACCGGUACAAAAUUCUUCGCUACACUUCUUGCUUUAAGUUUCGGAUUUUAUUCCGUAAAUACAUUGAAUUUUUAUCAGUGUUCAGACAAUGACUACAGGAUGGAAUGCGACUGGAGCUCUGGUGCGUUAUAUAGUGGGUGCGUCGCCCCUACUAUCAGAGAAAUCGCGUUUCAAUUUUUUGAUGCAUCAUCAGCCAUUGAUUUAAGCUGCAGUAAUUCUGUCGACAGGAUUUUCAUUGCGGAAUGUGAUAAUGUCUGCACAAAUCUUGGAAGAAUUCUAAGAUCGAGUCAUGUUUUCGAGGUGUUUUGUGCGGAUUUGAAAUGUGAGUUCCCCCCUAGCAUUCCCACUAGGUUCUCUUCAAAGAUGACCACCACCACAAUAGAAUCCCCCACCCAGGAUGUAAAGGAGUUCUCCCCUAGCAUUCCCACUAGGUUCUCUUCAAAGAUGACCACCACCACAAUAGAAUCCCCCACCCAGGAUGUAAAGGAGUUCCCCCCUAGCCUUCCAAAUGGUAUCACCACAAGAGAAUCCCCCACGACCACCCAGGAUGUAAAAGUACAUACAUCCGUGAUCACCUCCAGAGGAACAACGGCUAGGGAGACUACAGACGAUACACCGCCUGCGAAAACAACAUCCUCAAGUUCAACAGUGACCAUUAUUAUAAGUAAAUACUUAUCCAUAUCUUCUUUUUGUUUGUCACUUAUUACAAUAAUUAUAACAAUAACUUUUUUGAAAUUAUUGCAUGUUAAAAUAAAACAAAACCAAUCUUUAAGAAGUCCAAUAUAUACUGGAUCAAGUUUUUCACUUGACUCUUUUCAAUUUGAUUCAGAAGGUUAUUUAAGACCACACACUGAUGAAUUAUAUGAGGAUGUUCUUUAAUUUUUUUCAGCUGUCUGUGCAGUUUUGACAACUACUUUAAUUAUCAUAACUAUAUUUUGGUUAAAAAAGAAAAGAUAUCAUAAUUUGUUGUAUCCAAAAUAUCAUGAACAACACCAAUUAGAAAUAAGAGAUGAUCAGUUAUAAUUCACACUUAGCACAUACAUUUACAAUAUUUUUAAUGUUGACUUUUUAAAAAUUCUUAUAUCUCAAAAUAAAAACAAAAUGAAUCACUAAGAAGACCAAUAUAUUCUGGAUCCAACUCACACAUCUCAUUUAUUCCUUUAAAGCUGAAGGUUAUUUAAAAACCAGAUUGAUGAUAUUUUUGACAAGGUUUUUUAAUUUUUUUUUUUUAGUUGUCUGCACAGCAUUGAUAUAGCAUCGUUAAUAAUGAUAAAUGCAAAAAAAAAACAAUUUAAUUUGUUAUAUCCAGAGUGUCUUUGACUUGUGAUGAAUAUUUAAUAACAAUGUUUUAUUACAUCUCUUGCAAUGAAGUACAACUAUGCAUUAUAAAUUUACU